AUGUCGUUUCGUUUAAAUUUUGCGCAACCAAUUUUGACAUUAAUCUAUAAUCCAACAUGUAGUAAAUCAAACAAGGUAUUAUCAAUUCUUCAUGAAGCGUUAGAAAAACGACCAGGCGUUUUUAAAUUGGAUUUAUUAGACUAUCAGAAACAACCACCCACCAAAGAUCAAUUGACCAAUAUUAUCAACUAUCUUAAUCUUGAAAACGAUUUAAAUCAAAUCUUACGAAAUGAAAAUGUUGCUGCUGAAGGAACCACCAAGGUGAAAGGACCAAGUUCUAUUCAAGAGUUAGCUAAUCUCGUUAAAGAACAACCUAUUAGAUUGCAAAGGCCUAUUCUGGUUGAUUGGAAUAACGGUAGAGCCAUUAUCGCUCGUCCUCCCGAAAAAGCAGGCGGAUUUUUAAAAGAUUUGGGUUACUUGAAUGAUUAA